CCCACCCUGUCGACUGGGGCGGUUCCCCAGUGCCCAGGCGACCGCGGGCUAGGCCUGCCCCCUGGUGGCCAUGCUCCUUCUCGCUGGCCUCUCUGCCUGUCCCGGGGCGGGCGGGCCACCUGGUGCGUGGAGCUGUGGGGACGAAUCGGAGCGCGGGCCGGGCUGGGCUGGACAGGCAGGGCCUUCAACGAGCAGACUCCUUAAACCUUUGCUGCCUGAGGCAGCCCUGGAGGGCCCGACCCGGGCCUGGGCCCGCUGCCCUGCCUGGUCACACUGCAAGGCCGUCGUUGGCCGGCAGGGGGGUCAGAUCGCUGUGGGCCGUCGUCCCUGCCCCAUGAGAUUCACACUCUGCACACCUCCCCUGGCCUGUCAGGGCCACUCGUGUUGGCUCGCUCCUCUCUCCUGGGCCCCAGGCCACUGCGCACCCUCCCCCCACGGUUAAACAUUAGUGCGAGGUUAUUAGUCCGGGGUCCUCGGGAGGGAGAGGGUGGAAUUUCACUUUGACCUGCACUUCCUCUGCUGGAGUCACCAGCUCCCGCCCCGCCUGACAAUGCCAGUGGAGGAAUUUGUGGCCGGCUGGAUCUCCGGAGCUGUGGGCUUGGUCCUGGGACACCCCUUUGACACUGUAAAGGUGCGGCUGCAGACCCAGACCACAUACCACGGCAUCGUCGAUUGUAUGGUCAAGACUUACCGCCAUGAGUCGCUCCUGGGCUUCUUCAAGGGAAUGAGCUUCCCCAUCGUGAGCAUUGCCGUGGUCAACUCCGUCCUGUUCGGGGUCUACAGCAACACCCUGCUGGCACUCACAGCAACCUCCCACCAGCAGCGGCGGGCCCAGCCGCCCAGCUACAUGCACAUCUUUGUAGCCGGCUGCACCUCGGGGUUCCUGCAGGCCUACUGCCUGGCCCCUUUUGACCUCAUCAAAGUCCGGCUACAAAACCAGACAGAGCCGAGGGCGAAGCCGGGGAGCCCCCAACCCCGGUACCGGGGGCCCGUGCACUGUGCGGCCUCCAUCUUCCAGGAGGAGGGGCCCCGGGGGCUGUUCCGAGGAGCCUGGGCCCUGACGCUGAGGGACACCCCCACAGUGGGAAUCUAUUUUAUCACCUACGAAUGUCUCUGUCGCCAGUCCACGCCGGAGGGCCAGAAUCCCAGCUCCGCCACUGUGCUGGUGGCAGGAGGCUUUGCCGGCAUCACCUCCUGGGUCGCAGCCACGCCCUUAGACGUGAUCAAGGCCCGGAUGCAGAUGGCCGGGCUGAAGCAGAGGGCGUACCAGGGGGUGCUGGACUGCAUAGUCAGCAGCGCCCGGCAGGAGGGACUGGGGGUCUUCUUCAGGGGGCUCACCAUCAACAGUGCCCGCGCCUUUCCCGUCAACGCCGUCACCUUCCUCAGCUACGAGUACCUCCUCCGCUUGUGGGGAUGAGCCUGGCCACGCAGUGCCGGCAGCUCCCCAGCGGGAUCACCGCCCAACCGCCCAGACCGGAGGCCAAGUUGAACGCGCCAGCUUGCGAUUCCGAUUCCAAUGGAAGAAGCUCAGCCCUCCCUUAUCAAGGCGCCUCCCAGCCUCACAGACACAGCCGGGGCUGGGGAGACGGCAGUGGGGAGCAGGAGGCCCAGGGUC